ACCUUUGAAUUUGAAUUGUUAUUGAAAGAUUAAUUCAAAAAUAUCGUUUUUCGGAACGUCUCUCUCAAAUCAUUUCCCGGAGAAGACAAAAACGAUGUACGGGUACGAGCGUGCGAGUCGAACAGACACCGGCAAGGCGGAGCGUUUUGAUCUAGAGUCAGGGGAGACUCCUUACCCGGGACUCGGCUAUGGCGAGAAUGCGCUCUGGUGGGGCUUUAUCCGCAAGGUUUACGGCAUUCUGGCGGCACAGCUGCUGCUGACUACCGUGGUCUCCGCCUUCCUUGUAUUGUCAUCUCCGAUCAAUGACCUCCUCCGUGGAAACUCUGGCCUCUUGCUCUUCAUCUGUUUAAUCCCCAUCAUCGUUAUAUUCCUUCCCGAAAUAGGGCAUCGGAUAGCUAUAGUGUUUGUUUUGUGAUCGCCUUUUUUGUUUGGUUUAU